UGUCACUGUUGACGAAAGGAAACAAUGCACGCCCCCUUUGCCCCUGGCACUUGGAAGGCUGCCGCUGUUCCGUCAAGCUCUGCGAGCGCGACGGGCAGUCCGGCGGACGAAGGGGACGACGAGUAUGAGUAUGGGGAGGAGGAGGAAGACGGUACAGGAGAGUCGUUGACUAAGCAGUUGGCAGAUACUGCGGUCGGGGUGAGGGAGAUGAGCAAGCAACUUGGCAGAGUCCGAGUCAGGAGCAACAUACAGAACGUACUGAUUGUCACUAAGGCGAGGGACAAUAAUCUUGUCAAGCUUACACGACAGCUGGCACUAUACCUUAUGCUGAAGCCACGGGAGAAUAUUCGCGGCCUUACAGUAUACGUCGACUCGCAGUUGCGCGACUCCCGCCGAUUUGAUGCUGCCGGCAUAGAGCGUGACCACCCCGAGCUAUUUGCCCCUGUCCAGCGCCGUCGGUCUUCCAGCGCAACUUCUCUUGUUUCUCUCUCGGACGGCAGCCAUUCACCGCGGUCCUCCGUUAUGGCCGGGAGUUCCGCCAGCGAUAAGCGCAAAGACAAGGAUGAAGGACAGCUGCGGUACUGGACAAGUGACAUGUGCACACGCUCGCCCCGCCUCUUCGACUUCGUCAUUACUCUCGGAGGAGACGGCACCGUGCUGUUCACUUCCUGGUUGUUUCAACGCAUCGUCCCCCCCGUGCUCCCAUUCGCCCUCGGCUCUCUAGGAUUCCUGACAAACUUCGACUUUGCAGAGCACGAGCAAGUGAUGGACUCGGUGAUCGAUUCGGGUAUCCGAGUGAACCUCCGCAUGCGGUUUACGUGCACUGUAUACAGAGCGAUCCACCGGGAUCCCUCUGCCUGUCAGCAACCCCAACGGGCGAUGAAGCGCGGCUCGACGGGAGAAAUCAUCAUGAAGUACAAUGAAGCGGAGGCGUGGCAGGCCCUUGAAGCUGGCUUUUCUGCGCAGCACCCGCCGCUCGGAGGCGGGCAGGGAAAGGACAAGGAGAUCACGUGUCUUGCUACCAGGCCGGUGGAGACGUUUGAGAUACUCAACGAUUUGGUGGUGGAUAGAGGUCCGAGCCCGUAUAUGAGCAUGCUGGAGCUGUUUGCGGACGACCACCAUCUCACUACCGUACAAGCUGACGGGCUAGUGAUCGCCACACCAACAGGCUCGACCGCCUACUCUCUCUCAGCAGGCGGCUCCCUCGUCCAUCCUGAGAUUCCCGCGUUGCUCAUCUCGCCUAUUUGCCCCCAUACGCUCAGUUUCCGGCCUAUGCUUCUUCCGGAUAGUAUGGAGUUGAGGAUAUGCGUGCCGUAUAACUCGAGGAGCACCGCCUGGGCGAGCUUUGACGGCCGGGGCAGGGUGGAGUUGAAGCAGGGCGACCAUAUCAAAGUGACCGCCUCCCGUUUCCCCUUCCCAACCGUGUGCGCAGACAAGCAGUCAACAGACUGGUUCCACGCCAUUUCCCGCACGCUAAAAUGGAACGAGCGCGAGCGGCAAAAGUCUUUUGUCGUAGUGGAGGAAGCGCUCGGCCCGCAGACGGGAAAGCGCUCAGGCCCAGCGAAAGAGAACGGGCAGACGACAAGACUGCACUUACAUGCUUCUUCUGUUGCUGUCCCGCGUACUGCUGUCGUUCAAGAGAAAGACGAGGAAGAAGACGAUGGCAAGUUCGACAUUGACGAUUCCUCUGGUGACAAGCAACCCGAGCCUGCAGCCUCGCCUUCCCCCAGCUCUGUACCGCAAACACCUAAGACGCCGGUUGAGCAGGAAGCGCUCACACUCACGGACGUUGGCCUGCCGGACGACUUCCCGCAUUCCAAGAGCGGGAUCCAGACGCCUGGCAGGUACGCAGGCCCAGCCGGGCCAGCCAGUCAUCCACCCAGGAGCGUGUUGCUGCAGCAGAGAGUGCAUGGGCUUUCUCCUGGCCGGCAGCGCGAGCGGGAGGCGGUACAUCAGCAGAUGGACAACAUGCGUACUCCGCGACCAGAAGACAAGUUUGUCAUUGGGACUGGAGGCGCUGCGGGAGGGGCGGUCCCUACUCCCCCUCUACCGGUACACGGACCGAUCGUACCAAUAAGCGCCAUGAGGCCGACGGUAUCGAUGGUCCCCGCGGGGAAGAGGAAUGUGAGGCGGGAAAGAGAGAGGGAAAGGGAGAGGGAGAGAGAGCAUUCUGCAGGGAGGAGGGCGUUCGCGGUGUAUGGACAGGACGAGAGCGAUUCUGGAACGAGUGGAAGCGAGGAUUGUUAGUCGCCGACUCGGGCCGAGGCUGGUGAUACAUUCCUGCUCGUGGUGCGACAUAGGAUGGAAGCCCAUCUCUUAAUAAGCCGGAUGGAAGAUUUGGCCCCAACUUUGGAUUUGUGAAAAUUGCGUAACGACAUAGAGUGUAUUAUCAG